AAUUCUGAAUUAGAGCGAAGACUUUAAAACAAUGUUGAAAUAUUACAAAAAUUUCAUACUUUGUGGUGAUAUAGACUUUUUCUGCAUACUUUGCAACGAAUCCUUUGAACUUGAAGAUGAAGUGGAGAAGCACAUUCGUUGGGGUCAACAUAGGCGUUUGUUCAAGGCUCAGGAGUACCUGCAUAAGUUUAAAAAGGAUUGUGUGUAUAAGAUUGAAAAUAGAUACUACUGCGAAGUUUGCAACUAUGUCGCACCUUUUUAUGACAUUAUUAAACGUCAUAUAAAGGAUGAGAAUCAUUUAAUUAGGAAGGCAAAUCCUGAAGCGGCAAAAAAACAAAUCAUAGCUGAAAGGGUUUUAGGCUCUAUAAAAGUAUCUAACAUUUAUGUGUUCAAAAAAGACUGGCACUGUGUUAUUAAUCACCAGUGCUUGCUCUGUAACAUACCUGCAUACAAUUUUAAUGAGCACAUAACUUCGCCCGAUCAUAUGAUAAAAUUGAUACAAGCUGAAAUUAAAGUUGCGGAGAAUGGUCCAGUUUACAGAAAGUUUGUUGAUGAUGCUCUAGAUACAGUCUUCUGCUUCAAAUGUAGGAAAACAUUCUCUGAACAACUCUUCACAGCUCACUGGAACGAAGAACAUGGUAAAGAUAAACCCCAAAAAGAUAGGCUAACAAGGCUUUUUGUUAUAGACGAAGAAAACAGCUUGGUAACAUGCAUUUUGUGCCAGACAACUUUAGAUUACAGCUGGACGAAAUUGAUCAAGCACAAAAAAGAUCACAUAAAAAAGGAAGAAUGGACACCAAAUAAGAAAGAGGAGAAAGAAUCCUUUUACCAAGACAAGGGAAAACUCAGGUCAGAAUUGAAGCAAUAUGGGAAAGACAAUUACAUAAAGUUAAAUGAGGGAGGGGGCAAAGGAUACUGUUCCUUGUGCCACACUUUUAUCUCAGCUCAUAUAAGGAACUUUAAACAACAUGUUCAUGGAAUGCAUCAUACAAACCACUUGGAAGUAAGGGGACUAAUAAAAAAAACAAAGAAAACACUAAAACCACGUUACGAGACCAAGCCAUUUGAAGAACUCUUAAAAGAUGCUGUAAGAGCAGGUGUUUAUUUUUUCGUUUUUAAUAUGAAAUUGUCAAUACAUGUGCUCAGCUUCACAUUGACAACAAGAGCUAAUACAAAGGGUGACAACAUCUUUUGCUUUAUCUGUGGAGGGAUCUAUGAAAGUAUAACAGUGCAUUUGGAAUCGGAACACAAGCAAAAGUUGUUGAAGGUAGAAAUUAUUACAUCUUUUACGGACGAAUAUAUUAGGGAGAUUCGGCCAGGACUCUACCAUUGUGGUAUCUGCAACAUUGCCAUAGCCGGUUGGUCAAUAUUGGAGAGACACCUCAAUUUGUUCAAACACUGUUUUGCUAAGAUUCAAUCUAAGAAAAGAAUUAGGCUGACCAUGACAAGCCUGCAACAAAAUAUUUUGGACAGGAAUUUUGAAGCAUUCAUGAGUGGUGAAGAUUGUUUUGAUUAAUGCUAGAUAUUUGGACGGUUUUUUCUUUUUCGUUUUUUUUUUUCUUUAGUAUCCAAGAACUGUUUUUGAAGUAGUUUUGUUAGAUAUUGUUUGUUUUUAUUGUUUUUUUAUUUUUUAUUUAGGGUAUACCAUCUUGUUUUUAAAAGAGAGUUGCCAUUAUUAUAAUACAAAAGUUCUUCAAGUUUUUAAACUUAUGUAUUAUCCUAUCAUGUGAUUUUUGUUGCUUAAUAAGUUUGAUUUAUUUUUUCAGAAGAGGCUUUCAAACAUUACAGUCCUUUAUAUUUCA